AUGCAGUCCAAAGAUGGAAACGUCGAUGCUGCUUUUGAGACAUUGGGGCCAUUACGACUCUACAACAUGGUCCAGUACUGUCUCCUUUUGACCACAGCAUGGUCCACUGCCAUGAACAUGUUUAGUGUUGUCUUCACAGGACAGCAUAACCCUUUCAAGUGUCGUAGAACACCGUCCAUCUUUAAUGACAGCAAAUUCAAAGACCUAUCCUACUGGAACCUAUCUGAAAGUGCAACGGAAGAGGAUUUUGACAGUACUUGCAAUAUAAAACAUUUUCAUGAUGUGAGUGGAAACAUUUCAUUGGCUUCUAAUAGUUCCCUGGCCGAGAGGUGUUCUGCGUUUGACGUGGAUUUCCUUUACCCAAAAGACAUGUAUUUCGUUUCCGAGUUCUAUCUUGUGUGCGAGCGGAAGUACUUAAUUGGAAUAUCGCAACUUGUACUGACCGCAGGUCAAGGGAUUGCGAUGCUCCUUUUCCCCUACUUCACAGACCGCUACGGACGCAGGCCAGUUUUGCUUUUGUCCUGUGUCUUUAUGUUUGGGUCGUCUCUGGGUUUGGCGUGCUCCGUAAAUUACGGGAUGUUUGUCGCCUUUAAACUUCUUAUCGGAUUUUUUCUUCAGGGAAUGGAAGCAGCAGCUGUGACUGCAAUAAUGGAAACUUUGGUCACACGACACCGGGCCUUCCUCUUUGCCUGUAUGGGCAGUCUGAACUGGACAUUAUCCUGUCUCCUGCUCACGCCUGUGGCUUACUUUUUACGACAUCACUCCUGGAGGAUUCUAGAGUUCACAAUUGCAGCUGUUUCUGUAAAUAUCAUCCCUAUCUUUUUUCUACUUGAUGAAACAUUACGCUGGCUGGCGGCUAAUGGAAAAGACAAGCAAAUCUCGAAAGUACUGAAACGAGCUUCCAAGUGGAAUGGUGUUGACCUGAAGAGAGUUACAGAUGCAUUUUACCCUCCAGACUCAAAAGACAGUGAUUUAAAUGGUAACGCAUCUUUGCUUUGUACUUUUACUAAUGACUCUAAUAACUCGGAAAGGGGAGCACUUUCCUCCAAAGACGCCCGAGACAACUUUGUGAAACAUCCUGUCGCAUCUCUGACAAACGGGAUCUCACUACGAAAGGACGCACCUUGCGAUCUUUUCAAAGAUCCAAUGUUGAGGAGACAUACUUUGUUCAAUGUAGUCGCAUGGUUCUUCAACAGUUUCACCUACUUUGCCUUGAUUCUCAUGUCUUCCACUCUACAUGGAAGCAUCUAUGCCAACUAUACUCUCAACGCUGUCGCCGAGAUACCUCAAGCAAUUUUCUGCUUUUUUUACUUAGACAAGAUAGGCAGACGUAGAGGCUUCGCUCUCUUCAGCAUUAUUGCAGGGGUGGCGUUAAUUGCCGUUGCAACAGUAUGGGAGCUAGCACCUGACCAAGGAGCUGCCAUAACAGCUCUGAGCAUCAUUGGAAAAGUUGGCAUCACAGGCUCUUUCAACGUCAUAUAUCUAUACACACCAGAACUGUUCCCUACCAAUUUACGAAACAUGGGUUUGGGCGUGUCAUACUUAAGCGCACGGUUUGGUGGGAUGCUCUCCCCUUUCGCAGAGCUCCUCAUGGAGAAGAUUGUCUACGCCCCUGGCCUCGUCUUCGGCAUCAGCAGCCUCGCCAUGAGCGUGAUGCCCUUCUUCCUACCGGAGACCACUAAGUACCAGCUGCCGCAGAGCUUGGCGGAAAUGAAGCUCUGGAAGCGCCCACAAGGUGGCGCUGCUUCACGGCGACGUGUUCCUGGCCAAACAGAUGGUAACAAAACCGAGGACGCUGUGAUGUAACGUACAAUCAAUUCUAUAGGCUCGUUCAGAAACAAAAAGUCGUCGAAGCAACGAAUAGUAUAAUGGAUCAUCACAGCUAUUCUUAUAUUUGACCAACUAAAUUACUUUGCUUAAUUGGAAGAAAACUCGGAGUAAAUAGAUUACUGCCACAGGCGAUGUGAAAGACUCAAAGAUUGUUGCAUUACUGGCUUCUGGAUAUCCUCUUUC